CCGGAGAUGAACGCCUAUCCUACUAAUGUUGGUGGCUUUUGUUCUUUGAUUGAUGAUCAAUUCAUCAGGAUCAAGAUAUCCUCUUAUCACCUCUCAUUUAUUAUUGACCCAUUUGCAAAUGUUUCUUGAAAGAAAGCGCUUACGCGAAAGAUUUACUAAUGUUAUUUUUUGUUAUUAUGCAUAACAGCUGUAUGAAAUUGUCUUGUAUAAUUGGAUAAAAUCUGGUUUUAUUAAUAACAUUGUGUAAUCCAGUCCCAGACAAUAUAUAAUUAAAACAAGAUAACUAACAAAAUUAUAAGUGAUAUGUACAUACAUAAUCAGUCCACACGCAGCGCAGAUAAAAGAAAAUAGAAUUAAUAAAUCGAAAUAGCCCGCAAUAUUUGACGUUGAUUCUAAGCAUAAUCUUCAUGAAAUCUUGCUUGUAAUCUAAAUUAGAAUCAAUUAUUGUCGUAGAUCUUUUUGGAAAUUAAGAUCUAUGUAUAUCCCAAAAAUGAUCCGUUUGUCAAUAAGUUCCAAUAAAUUUCCAAAAAAUUAUUGAUCAAAAUCAAUAGUAUUUGGUAAAAUUUAAAAUUGCUGCAAUGAAAUGGCUAAUAUACUCUUUAUUUUCACAUUUUGUGUAAUUUUGCCCUAGGAUUUUACCCAUGAUAAUUCAGGAAAUUUUUAUUAAUAUGUGCAUGAGUCACACUUAAUUUUGGUUAAUUUUUAGCUUUGUAGUGCGUGUGACUCAUCAUUAAAAAAUGGCGGCUGCCUCUAACAAAAGGCCACCAGACGAGCAACAAUUACCUACUUACAAACUGGUUGUUAUUGGUGAAGGUGGUGUUGGCAAAUCUUCAUUAACCAUUCAGUUUUUCCAGAAACAAUUUUUGGAUUAUUAUGACCCGACAAUUGAAGAUCAGUACAUACAGCAUUGUGAAAUUGAUGGCCAAUGGGUUAUUUUAGAUGUAUUGGAUACAGCUGGACAAGAGGAAUUUUCAGCAAUGCGUGAACAAUAUAUGCGGAGUGGAAGAGGUUUUCUGUUAGUCUACUCUGUUACGGAUGAGCAAAGCUUUCACGAAGCUAAAAAGCUUUAUCAGCAAGUACUUCGUGUUAAAGAUCGUCCUGAAUAUCCAGUGCUUCUUGUAGCAAAUAAGGUUGAUCUACUUAGUCAAAGGAAGGUUAGCGAACAGCAAGGUCGGGAACUGGCUUGUGAACUGAACAACAUUCCAUAUAUUGAAACAUCUGCUAAGGAUCCGCCUGUUAAUGUUGACUCUGCUUUUCACGAAUUGGUUUCUAUAUUAUUAGUUUUUUUUUUGAUAAAAUAUUUUAGGUUCGAAUUGUCAAGAGCUUUCCUGCUGAAGAGAAUGCUCAGAAUCUUAAAGAUAACCAAGGUCGGCCGUUUAAAGGGAAAAAAGGAGGAGGCAAACAGAAGUGCAUAA